GUUCCGCUUCUUUAUUCGCGUAUUAGCGGCUGGCGUACACGUAUGUGCGUAUAUAGGUUUUUUCGUAGCUUUUUUGUGUUUAAAAAAACCAAAGCUAAAUGCAUCGCUUUCAUCGACUGGCCGUGUCCAAUCGAGGUGUACUAGCAUGCGAUAACAGUGGAGCAUCGGGCUGGAUUUCGAGUAGAAGAUGGCUUUCCGCAUCCGCUCAGUCCAAGCCGAAGGAACGGAGUGCACCGGCGGCCACGGUCAACACCUCGUUCAUGGCGAACCUGUUCCGGGGUGAGAUCGAACCGCUGCAGGUCUUUCCCUAUCCGGAUUCGAUCAAACCGGAACAGAAGGAGAUGAUUGGCUCGCUGAUUGAUCCGGUCACACGCUUUUUCGAUGGCUACGAUCCAGUUAAGGCGGAAAAGAACGGCGGCCCGGAUGAGGCCACGUUCCAGAGCAUGUGGGAGAUGGGGCUGAUGGGUAUGCAGGCACCGGAAGAGUACGGUGGCUUAGCCCUCCCGAACACCGGUUACGCCCGCAUGGGUGAGCUGGUAGGUGCGCGGGAUUUAGGGCUGGCGGUAGUGUUUGGCGCUCACCAGAGUAUCGGCUGGAAGGGCGUACUGCUGUACGGAACCGAAGAGCAGAAAACCAAAUACCUUCCCAAAGUCGUUACCGGUGGUACGAUUGCUGCCUUCUGCCUGACGGAACCGAGCUCCGGUUCCGAUGCCGGUUCGAUUCGCAGUCGGGCCGUAAAAUCUGCCGACGGAUCGCACUACGUACUGAACGGUUCGAAAAUCUGGAUCAGUGGUGGUGGACUGGCCGAUCUGCUUACCGUGUUUGCGCAGACCGAAAUAACGGACCCAAAGACGGGCCAAAAGCGCGACAAGGUGACGGCGUUCAUUGUGGAGCGGGCGUUCGGUGGCGUAACGAGCGGACCGCCGGAGGAUAAGAUGGGCAUCAAGUGUUCGAACACGGCCGAGGUGUACUUUGAAGAUGUGAGAAUCCCGGCGGAAAAUGUGCUCGGUGGCGAGGGCAACGGGUUUAAGGUUGCGAUGAACAUCCUGAACAAUGGACGGUUCGGAAUGUCGGGAACGCUAGCCGGGACGAUGGCACACUGCAUCCAGAAGGCGGCUGAGCACGCAACGACGCGCGUACAGUUUGGGCAGAAGAUUGAAAACUUUGGAAACGUGCAGGAGAAGCUGGCCCGCAUGGCGAUGCACCAGUACGUGAGCCAGUCGAUGGGAUACAUGAUUUCGGGCAACAUGGACGCGGGACAUACGGACUAUCAUCUGGAGGCGGCCAUCUCGAAGGUGUUUGCGUCGGAGGCGGCAUGGUACGUGUGUGACGAGGCGAUCCAGAUACUGGGUGGCAAUGGAUUCAUGACGUCGAGUGGAUUGGAGAAGUUUUUGAGGGACAUUCGCAUUUAUCGUAUCUUCGAGGGAGCGAACGACAUUUUGCGGCUGUUCGUGACGCUGACCGGCAUUCAGUACGCCGGAUCGCAUCUCAAAGAGCUGCAGCGUGCGUUCAAGAACCCGACCGCUAACCUGGGGUUGAUUUUCAAGGAAGGUUCGCGUCGGGCCGUACGUAGCAUCGGUUACGGUGGUACGGAUCUGAGCUCGUUCGUAGCGGACCCGCUGAAAGAAUCGGCCGCACUGUGCGCGGACAGUAUCGAUCGAUUCUCGAAGACGAUUGAGGCGCUGCUCAUUAAGCACGGGAAGGGUAUCGUCGAUCAGCAGUUCCUGUUGAUUCGGUUGGCAGAUUCGGCCAUCGACAUUUACGCCAUGUCCUGUGUGCUUUCGCGCGCCACGAAAGCGCUCCGCGAGAACCAUCCGUCGGCCGAGCAUGAGGUGCUGAUGGCGAAGGCUUGGUGUGUGGAGGCAAACGAUCGUGUACGGAUCAACGUGCGACGAGCAAGCAAUGGAGUGUUUUUGAAGAAUUACGACACGAUGAGCGCCAUCGCGAAAAACAUCUGCUCCCGCCAGGGUGUCGUCCAAUCGAACCCGGUUCGUAUCGUGUAAAAACGGCGAAACCUCUCGAAUUUGUUUAACAACCUAAAUCCCUAAAUUGUGAUAAACCGACCCCGAUGUUGCUGUCUUUUGCUUUUUGCGAAUUAAAAGAAAUACGAACGGACAGUUUUGUUGCUUUUGCUUUUGACACGACGUUUGAUUUAGAUUACUUUAUUUAAAAUAAAUAAUAACAACAUUCGCAGACACGCUACUUAAGGAACACAUGAGACCAAUUCCGAACCUCCGAAUCUGUGUUACAGCUACACGCUUUUUCCCAAACUCAUGAUAACAAACGUUUUCUCUUGGUUCGUUGUGCAGGGAGAGAGAGAAAAAAAAAUCAGGGGUUUUAACAUUUUCCAUGAUUAUUGUUACAAACCAUCUGUUUCAUGUAAGAAGUGUGCUUUCUUUUUAGAAAUUCAAA